AGCUCAGUUCAAUUGCGGCCAGCUUUGUUGGCGGACGUCUCAGGCGGCAUUUACUGUACCAUACCAAAAACUAAACCGAAAUCUUCUUGAAUUUUUUUAUACCUGUGCUAACUGUGCGAUAGAGAAAAAAACACCUAGAAAAAGCGGAACAAGAAGUGAGGAGAAAAAUCGUAAAAUAAAAAACGGUGUGUAAAGUAAACAAUUGCAGUGACCGAAAAACCUUUAAAAGAAAAGAAAAAAACAAAAGAAAUACCAGCGCAGAAGAACCAGAAGCGGCGGCAAUAAAAACAAUAACAACACGUUUAUCGUGACGACAAAGAUGCCCGAGUGAUUGAGUCGAAGAAGCGAUCGCCAGUGGGAUAGUUCAAGAAAUCGGAGAAGGAGCCGAGUUUCCGCCGCGAUGAGGAUGCACCUGAAUGGACGCGAAGUGCGGGAGCUGUUGCGCAAGGAUCUGUUGGUGCGAUGGCGCCAGAAGGGGCUCAGCCUGAUCCUGCUGGCCUGGCCGGUGAUGAUCUUCAUGCUGCUCUACCUGAUCCGCCUGAAGUACGGAUCGAAGGAGGUGGAGGCCUGCCAGUACCCCACCCGUCUGCUGCCCACCAAGAACCAGGUGGUCCCCGCCGCCUUCUCCUACAUCUGCAGCAUUGAGAAUCGCUGCCAGCCGGCGCAGCCCUACGAGGAGUACUCCCACUGGAAGGAGGCGCCCCUGCACUCCGUGAUCGAUGUGGUCAACGCCUUUGUGACCGACGAACGACUCCACAAGGCCGUCGUUGAACUGGCCGAGAAGGCCAACUUUGUGUCGGCCAUAACCACGCUGAUCACCAGCGAUCGUCUCGACAUCAUACGAAGUAACAUAAGUGAAAUCAUUUCUCUGGUGCCCGAAAUCGAAAGACGGAUGAACUAUAGCUUCGACAUUAAGCAUUUGUUUUCGAAUCGGGAGACCUUCGUGAAGCUGGGCGUCCUGCUGUGUGGCCAUCCAUUUCCCAACACCGACACUAUACCGCUGGUCAACGAAAUCCUGGAAUCGGAGGACUUUAGCGAGGCCAACGACGCGGAACUCGAUGCGAUGCCGAACCGUCGUCGUCGUCGAUCCGAAAAUAAUCUCCCCACGGACUGGAGGCCAACCAAAUACUGCAAGCGUCUCUACAUGGAUGUGACUUCUACAAACCAGGGCAAGCUCACCUGGAACACCAUCAAGCCGAUUAUCCAGGGCCGGAUUCUCUACACCCCCGCCAAUGUGGUGACCGAUAGCGUGGUGAAGUUUAGUAAUGCCACCUUUGAGGAGCUGGACAGGCUGAAGCAACUUUCUCGGGCAGCAGCCACUAUAAUGACCAAACUGCAUACGAAUGCCACAUUCCAGGAGGCCUUCGACAAUCUGCUCAAGUUGGCCAAAUCGCCGCUGGUGAAAAGUUUGGUUGGCGAUGACUUUGAUAUCGGGGAAAUCGAGCGGGUGUUCCAAUAUAUCCGCACGAAUCAGCUGAUCUAUGACAUCCUCACCACCGUGGCUGAUCUAAUGGAUUGCGUUUCGGCGGAUCGUUUCGAGGCCGUUGGCAGUGUGGAGGAGUUGCAGAGGAGGGCCUACGAACUGAAUCAGAAUAAGUUCUUUCUGGCCGCCCUCAAUCUGGAGGAUGUGGGUCUGAAGCAGUCCUCCUACCGCCUGCACAUGGACACGGAUAAUACGCAGCCCACGUUCGAGAACCGCAAUCGAUUCUGGUUCCCCGGACCAGCCGACAGUAUGGUGAUUGAUCUCAAGUACCAUCGUGGUUUCGUUCAGCUCAAGCAGAUGGUCGACCUGGGAAUAAUCAAGAGCAAACGAGAUGAGGCCGGUUUUCCGGAGGAGGACCCCUUGGAAAGUGGACGAUCUUUGAGUAGUCUGUUUAGCAUAAAGCAUGUGGAAACCGACUUGUCCGAUGAUGACGAUGAUGAUGAUGAUCUCGAUCUCAGUCUGGAGAAGAGCGGUGCAACUCAAAAGAGUCCGCCAUCUGCAGAUGAUCAAGAGGCCACGACAAUUCCUUCCGCAGCAAAAGACGAAGAGAUUGAUGGGGUCACCACAAAAGAAGAAGGGGUCACCACAAAAGAAGAAGAAGGGGUCACCACAGAUCAUCCAACGGUGAAUGGUGAACCCGAUCUUCUUCUGCUCAACGAUGAGGAUGUGCUAAAGCGUUCCAAGCGACAGGGUCUGCUGGAUUUACUUGGAUUAUUUGGUGGAUUGAAUGCCAAUAAAAAGAAUAAGUUCGAAGUGGACAACAUGCAGUUCUACACCAAGCAGUUCCCGUAUCCUGCCUUUCUUAAUGAUGUUUUCAAACGUGGCCUGUACUUGGCCCAAGGUGUCCAGGUGGCCUAUCUAUUGGGUCUGGUGGUUUUCGUGGCCCUUUGUGUGAGGGAACGCAUUUGGAUGCGGGAAAGCCGUAAUAGCAUGUUGUUGCGAUCGAUGGGCCUGAAGGCACAUUCCGAACUGGUGGCCUGGGCUCUGAUGAGUUUCGUGGAGCUCUGUGUGAUCUUCGUGCUGAUCAGUGUUGUUCUGUACAGUGGCGGCAUUUUGGGAUAUACCAACUGGUUCUUCAUGAUGUUCUACUGCCUGAGCUUUGGCGUUUGCCUGAUUUCUUUCUGUUACAUGUGUUCCAACUUCUUCAAUUCGGCGAACAUUGGUGCCGUGGCCUCCGCCCUGCUGUUCUUCAUCAGCCUGUGUCCCUUCAUCAUCGUACUGAUGUUCGAUGCCAAGCUGAGUGUCUUCGAGAGCUUCCUGGUGGACCUGUCCUUCACCACGGCCUUCGCCAAGGGCUGGAGCGAGCUGAUGCGAAUGGAGCUGCAGCAGGAGGGCCUCACCCUGGGUCACCUCGUCCAGGUGGGACCCGCCCGGAGCGAGUGCGCCAUGGCGCUGCUCAUGUUCCUGCUCGAUUUCCUCCUGUACGCGGUCAUUGGAUUGACCUACCAGCGUUUCAAGAAGAAUAACUAUAGCUUUGUGAAGGUCACCCGGUCGCAAUUGGACGACAAACUGGGCGCCUCGCUGGCCAAUGUGACCAAAUUGUAUGGCAGCAAGUGUGCCGUGUCCAAUUUGAGCCUGGACUUUGCCCGCAACCAGGUGAGCUGCCUCCUGGGCCGCAAUGGAGCCGGGAAGAGCACGCUGAUCAAGUUGCUCACGGGACAAAUCCGGCAGAGCAGCGGCAAAGUAUUGCUGGCCGGUGAGCACCAGGUGGGCGUUUGCUGGCAGGACAACAUCCUCAUACCCACGCUGACGGCUCGAGAGCACCUGCAGCUGUAUGCUCAGAUCAAGAUGCAGCCGAGUGGUGGAAGUGAUGGAGCGGAGGAGGUCCGCACGGAGGUGGCGCGAACCCUCCAGAGCCUCAACUUCGGCCAGCACGAGUCCUAUCCCGCGUGGCAGCUGUCGGGUGGCUACAGACGACGCCUCUGCGUGGCCAUCGCCUUCAUCGCCUCGCCCAGCGUGGUCAUCCUGGACGAACCCUGCAACGGGGUGGACGCCAAGGCCAGGAAGGACAUCUGGCAGCUGAUCGAGCGACUGCGUCAGGGCAGGGCCGUGAUCUUCGCCACGCACUUCCUGGACGAGGCCAAGUACCUCAGUGACUCGCUGGUCAUUAUGCGGAAUGGUCGCAUUAUUGCCCAGCACAGUCGCGAUUCGCUGCAGCAGUUGUGCACCUCCAGCUACAGCAUUCGGAUGCGUUGUGCCGAUGCCACCGGAGUGGCCUACAUUGUGCAGCGGGCCCAGCAGCUCCUGCCCCGGAGCCAGGUGAUCCACGCCGGAGCCACUGAGCAUCCGCACAGCCUGACGAUCAGUGCCAGCUAUGCGGAGCAUCUGACACCCGGAGCCGUGGAGUUCCUGGAGCUGCUGCAAACCCAAGAGGCUGCUGGCGCAGUGGCCGAUGUGGAGCUGACCAGUAGCUCCAGUUUGGAGCAGGAGUUCGAGCAGUUGAACAGGCGGAAUGGACCGGAUGAGCCUGCUGCCCCGCGACGAUCCAAUGGCGAACGGAAUGGCGUGGUCGGUGGUCUUGCCACGAUCUCCGAGGAUCCACCCACUGCCUGCAAGCAGUUCCGACUCCUGAUGGGCAAGCGACUGCGGCAUCUGUCCCGCAACUACCGGCUACUGCUCUAUGUGCUCCUCCUGCCCGCUCUCUUCGAGCUGUGCGCCAUGUGGUUCGUCAGCUAUCGACUGGAGGAUGACUUUGACACUGUGCUUCCUCUAAGUCGAUCGCUUUACCCGAAAACCGCACAGUUUCUGUCCGAGGAGAAGGUGACCAGCCUCACGGAGCAGUUGCAUCCCCGGCUGAGGACAUCCUGCGAUGAACUGGGCGAGUGCCGGGAGUUCAAUGACUCCGAAAGUGCCUACAACUGGGUGAUGAACUCCUGGGAUGAGUACCGCGAGCGGCGAUAUGGCGGCUAUGGACUCAAUGGAUCGGGGGCAACAGUGUGGUACAACAAUAAGGGCUACCACUCCAUGGUUGCCUGGCUAAACGAUCUCAAUUCGGAGCUGUUGCGCACCACCCUCAACGAUUCGGAUUAUGGUAUACUAACGUUGAACGAACCGUGGAAACUGGGCUACUCCGAACUGAGUACCAGUUCGAUUCUCCGCCAGGCGGGUGAUGGAUCCAUGGUCUUUAUCCUGCUGAUUGCCUUUGGCCUGGUGGUGGCCGCCGGUUCGGUUUACUUGGUCAAGGAACGUGUGAAUGGCGAGAAACUCCAGCAAAGAUUGUGUGGAGUGAGUGCUGUGACCUACUGGCUGGUGGCCUUUGUGUGGGACUACUUGGUAAUGGUCCUGGGACUGAUUGUCUGCCUUGCCGUGAUCCUGAUGUUCGGCAUGCCUGUUUUUGUCGAUCGCCAACAGCUGGUGGGCAUCAUUGGACUAUCACUGGCCUUUAGCUUCGCCUGCGUUCCGGCUGUCCAUGUGGCCGAGAAGAUAUUCAGCGACUCGAGCAUCGCCAUUGUGUCGAUCUUCUGCGCCAACCUCAUCAUCCCGCUGGUCACCAUGGGCAUUGUCCUGAUCCUGGGCGUGGUGGGCGAUGGUCCGGCGUGGGAUAGCUGGCGACACGCCCUCAACCAGGUCUUCCUCAUCUUUCCCAUUCACGCGCUGGGCGAUGGCUUCCUGGAGCUGUGCAAGAACUAUAUGGUGGCCCUGGUGUUCCGGCGCUACGACAUCGACUCGUACAAGCAUCCACUGGCCAGUGAUCUGCUGGGGCGCCACUUCACCGCCCUGUUGGUGGUGGGCGUGGUGGGCCUCAUCCUCAAUGUCCUCAUCGAGUGGCACCUGCUGCGGCGAUUGUGGCAGCGUGUGGAGCGCCUGCUGGACUGCACCUAUCGCCGGGAGCUGGACAAACUGGGCCAGCUGAAGCUGGUCAACAUCCAGAGCAUCUUCAAGAGCUGUGUGGCCGCCGGGGAGGCGGUGCGGGCGGAGAAUCUCUGGCUGGCCUACCGCCGCGGAAACUAUGCCGUGCGCCAGGUGCACUUCAGUGUCCAGAAGGGCGAGUGCUUCGGAUUGCUGGGCAAGAACGGGGCCGGGAAGUCCACCAUCUUCAAGAUGCUCACCGGACAGCUGCAGCCCAAUGUAGGACACAUCUACUUCGAGCAGCCCGGGGUCUCGUACUGCCCGCAGAGCAAUCCGCUGGACCCGCUGCUCACGGCGAGCGAGUGCAUCCGGUUCUACGGCCGCCUGCGCGGCAUCCGCGAUCUGGAGCAGUUCCUGGACCGCGUGCUGGACACCUACGAGCUGCGUCCCUACAAGGACAUCCAGGUGCGGAACCUGAGCGGCGGCAACCGACGCAAGCUGACGGUGGCCAUCACCUGCUGCGGCUGCACACCCACCGUUCUGAUGGACGAGCCGACGAGCGACAUGGAUCCGGUGACCCGGGACAUGGUCUAUGCCACCAUCGAGCAGUUGCUGCUGGCCCGUCGCGCCGUUGUGCUCACCUCCCACUCGGUGUCGGAGAUCGAGCACCUGUGCCACCGAGUGGCAGUGCUCCGUUCCGGCCAGGUCAUCGCCAGCGACAGUCCGGAGCGGCUGAAGGCCGAGCACGGUGGCUACUAUGCCGUCACCUGCUUCUGCGGCCCCGCCCACCAGGCCAUCCUGUCCAGGAGCCUCGGCCAGCGGCUGCCUGGGGCACGGGAUCUGCAGCACUACGGGCACAGCCUGAGGUUCCUCGUGAGGAUCCGGUCGCCCGGCACACUGGGGGAUGCCCCACUCCUCUCGGAACUCUUCGCCAUCCUUCGGGAUCUGUGCGUGGACGUGGCUCGCUUUUCGCUGACCCGCUGCCGUUUCGAAACCGUUUUCGAGCGAAUCCUCGACAGCUGCGAGCCGAAUGGCACUACCACCAAUGGUGUCCACAAGGAGCAGCAGCAGCAGCAGCAGCGGCAGCAGGAUGGACUCAGGAAGGAUCUGCCCAGCAAGUCGGCUGCGGUGGAGGGAUCCCUGGAAACUGGGUACAUUCACUGUGGUUACGAGGAGACUAGAACCUGAGCAGUAGUCAUGUUCUCAUUUCCAAGCCAAAAACUACUGAAUUCAAAGCCCCAUUAGCUUUUGUCUGUGACAUAACAACAAGUUAUAUCUAACAUAAUAUCUUUAUAGUAUUAGUAUUUUUGAACGUAAGUAAAAUUAAUAACUUACUGAAUGGGUAGGACAUAAAACAAUUUUGUAAUUUUUUUUUUGCUGUUCAACCAAACAAAAAAUCUAUUCCUAGUAUUUUGUUGGCAAAUUCACAUUGACUUGCUACUAUUUUUUUUGAGCACAACUGUACAUUUAUGUAAAUUACUUAGGUAAAAAUAACAAAUUGAAGUAAAAGCUUAAAUGGUUAUGGUUCCAUCCCCAAACAAAUAAAAUAGUUCUUAAGUUCAAUUGAGAAUAUAGACAUUUGAUAUGGUUUGUACUGGUUUCUACAUAUACAGAGAAUAAUGUGAUUAUAAUUCUGGUAGCUUUACAGUGAGUUUUGAAUAAUAUUGCUAAACGUAAUUGUAAAAACUUUGAAAACGCCUAUAUGCUUUUAUUCAAUUUUUUUUUAUAAUAGGUAGACAAGUCUUAUUUUGUGAUAAGAUCGGUUGAUGCCGAUCCAGUGAUAAUAAUUCACUUAACUCCGGGUGUUCUGUUUAGCCUUUAAGAGUCCCUCCCUUGCCCCAAAAUAUAUCCCGCUAUAGCUUUUAUAUAUUAUAUAUUGUAUGUACUUUAUGCAAUUUGUUUAUGACCAAUUUAACUAUAUAUGUAUGUAUAUAUUGGUAUGUGUAUAAGUCAAGAUGGAAACCUUCUGGCUAAAGAUUUGUAUUGCAAUUUGAUAACUAAUAAAGACAAUUAUGUAUAUAUGUGAAA